AUGAGCGGCGAUAGUCAAUUACGAUCAGUGUCCACAGUACAUGGCAGAUCAAACAUAGCUAUGGGCAAUACACAAAGUAAGAAUUUGCAUGCCUCCGACAACACCAAACAGCGGAUGACUCCAUACAGUUGUGAUGUAUGUAGUAAAUGUUUUAACAGAAAAUCAACAUUGCAACAGCAUUUGUUGAUACAUACAGGCGAGAAUCCAUAUAGUUGUGAUCGGCAUUUAAUUAUACAUACUGGUGAUAAGCCAUAUAGUUGUGAUGAAUGUAGUAAAUGUUUUAGUCAGAAAGCACAUUUAACACAACAUUUGUUGAUACAUACUAGUGAUAAACCAUAUUGUUGUGAUGUGUACGAGUAA